CUACUCAACUUGUGAACAAGUUUCGCGUGUUUCCUACCACCGCUGAUUAUGAGCAUUUUUAGGGACCAAUUACCAAUAAGUAUAGAAGCGCAAAAGAAAUAAAAAUGGGUGUCUGGGUGGUGCCACAGGUUUUGCGCGCAAAUUUAACAAAAUUAUCCAUUGUUGCAAACGGCGCAAGAUGGAAAAGCACGAGCUCCCGAAGAAUCGACAAAGUUUUGAUUGCAAAUCGAGGCGAAAUUGCUUGUCGUGUUAUGCGAACAGCAAAACGUCUUGGUGUUCGUACUGUUGCGGUUUACAGUGAAGUUGAUGAGAAUUCCUUACAUGUUUCACUGGCCGAUGAAGCAUACAACAUUGGUCCCGCUGCCGCAAGUCAAAGUUACCUUCGUGGGGACGUAAUUCUAGGCAUUGCAAAAGCAACAAACUCACAAGCCGUUCAUCCUGGUUAUGGUUUUCUAUCGGAAAACGUAGAAUUCGCCGAAGAAUGUCAGAAACAAGGCGUAAUCUUUAUUGGGCCCCCAGCGUCAGCCAUCAGAGACAUGGGAAUCAAAAGCACAUCAAAAGCGAUAAUGUCCGCUGCUGGUGUGCCGAUCAUCGAGGGCUAUCACGGUGAAGAUCAAAGCGAAGCAAAACUCCGUGAAGAAGCUAAACGUAUCGGAUAUCCUAUUAUGAUCAAAGCAGUGCGUGGCGGAGGUGGUAAAGGCAUGCGAAUCGCAAUGACUGAAGCAGAUUUUGGUGAAGCCUUAGAUUCGGCAAAGAGAGAAGCACAGAAAUCAUUCGGAGAUCAAGUCGUACUAUUAGAAAAGUUCGUAGCAGAACCCAGACACGUCGAAGUGCAAGUUUUCGCAGACAUGCAUGGAAAUGCAGUGCAUCUCUUUGAAAGAGAUUGUUCUGUACAGAGGAGACAUCAAAAGAUCAUUGAGGAAGCACCAGCACCUGGUUUAACAACUGAAUUACGAGCAGAAUUAGGCGCAGCUGCUGUCAGGGCAGCUAAAGCCGUGGGAUAUGUCGGCGCUGGAACAGUAGAAUUCAUUUUGGAUCGCCAUAGCCACAGUUUUCAUUUUAUGGAAAUGAAUACUCGCCUACAAGUAGAGCAUCCUAUCACCGAAAUGAUUACCAAUAAAGAUCUAGUCGAAUGGCAGCUAAAAAUUGCUUCUGGAGAAAAACUUCCUGUCACCCAAGAGGAAAUCCUAAUGAAUGGGCAUGCAUUUGAAGCACGUAUUUACGCAGAAGAUCCAAGAGGUGGAUUCUUACCGGGAGCAGGACCUCUAUUGCAUUUAUCUACGCCUGAUGGCGCUGAGGAUUGUAGAAUUGAAACGGGAGUAAGACAAGGGGAUGAAGUAUCUGUUCACUAUGAUCCAAUGAUUGCUAAACUUGUCGUGUGGGGAGAGGAUAGGACUGAAGCUUUAACCAAACUUCAGAGUCGAUUAUGUGAAUAUAAUAUUGCUGGAUUGGAAACAAAUGUAAACUUUUUGUUAGAUCUAGCAAGACAUCCUGAAUUUGUGGCUGCCAAUGUACACACCAACUUUAUUCGUGAUUAUAAUGACUCGUUGUUUAGGAAAGAAGAAGUCAGUAACAAAAUGGCGAUUCAAGCUGCAUUAGCAAUGGUGUUAUUAGACGAGGUGGAAGUUUUGAAUGACGCUAUUAGUCAAAAUAAUCAUUAUAAUCCAUUUGUGGUCGAAAGUGGAUUCAGACCUAAUUACAACUUGAUUAAAGACAUUAAACUAAGACACAAAGAUGAAGAAUUCAUAGUAAAAGUCAAAUUUUGUGAUAAUAACUCAUAUCAAAUCUCGCUUGACAGUGGUGCCAAUUGGAUUGCGGCUAGCGGUGAAAUUAAACAAGCUAAUAAUGACAACAAUAAAAUUACGCUGAGGAGUAACAUCGAUGGUGACGUAAGCAGUGCAAAUGUGUUCAGAAAUGGGGAAAUACUUGCCAUAUUUGAUAAUGAUGGAAAAUCACAAUUUGACCUUGAAGUAUUCAACUUCGAGGAAGACGGUACUACCGUGAGCGGAAAUCGUGCUGUUGCACCAAUGCCUGGCGUCUUGGACAAAAUCCUUGUCAAACAAGGAGAUACAGUACAACAAGGCGAUUCUCUGUUCGUAAUUAUCGCCAUGAAAAUGGAGCAUGUAGUCAAAGCGACAAAGAGCGGUAAAGUCGAUGGAAUCUUAUAUAAUGUUGGUGAUAAUGUUCCAAAAGACGCUACAGUUGUAAAGUUUGAGGAAGAACCCACUCAAGAAUAAUUCCAUCGCCAAAAUUGAUACUUGCUUACAAAAAGUCAGGAUUCUGGUAUAAUUUGUUGAAUAUAUUGUUGAAAUUUACAACUAUGUCUUGCCAUAAUAUAUAUUGAUACUUUUAAAA